UGACCUUUGAAACUAGGUCACUUUUCGUGAAACUCGAUCGUCCCACAAAAAUAGAAAUAACCACCACCACAACAAACAACAGAAUCGAAUCGACAGCACACAGCACACAGCAAGAAUACCAUACUAGUAUCAUACCUUGGCUUGAAUACCAGCUAGCUAUCUACUAGUCAAGACGUCCUGGUGAAGCUUUACUACAACCGAAUUUGUCAAUUUUCACCAUUCACACGAUCCUCUGCUAGCUCAACUACUUCUACUGCAACUACUUCUACAACAACCAACAAUAAAACACAGCAGAAUGUGGAAGGAACGGGCAAACUAUACUUCAGGAGGAGGGGAUUUGGAAAUGGUCGGAACCAGUUCUGGCGGUUCUACCGAAGACUCGGUUACCUUUGACGAUGAAUUUGACGAUCAGGGAUAUUCCAUGCCGGGAGCUGGACAACGAAGAAAACUACAGACGGGAAAAUCACGAGUUAGAUGCUGCUGUUGGAGUUUUCUUCUGGUGGCUAUUUUGGCACUGGCAGUGACCUACUUUUUCAUACCACAAGGUCUCCUCAACCAGCUGGUGGGGUCGUCAUCUUCCGAUCAGGAUGAUAACAAUGCUGAUAAUAGCGGUGCACGAGACAAUGGCAGCAGCAGCAGCAGUACCACUCACAGUCAAGUGUCCAAAGACGCCGUCAUUGACAAUUCUGCCUACCAAGUGACUCUCCAACUGCCUCUCAAUUACAUUCAAGGAAAUAUGGUACUCUACCAACAUCGAAGAACAAAAACACCCGUCAUCACCAUUCUGCCAUACGAUAGAGAACAAGACGAUGUAUUUGGCAUUUCCUUUCGCACCAAACCCAGCAAUUCACAUGGAGCACCGCAUGUAUUGGAACAUUCCGUACUGGCGGGAUCCAAAAAGUAUCCCAUCAAAGAUCCAUUCACACAAGUACUCAAGGGGUCGCUACAAACAUUUGUCAAUGCAUGGACGGCAGAUGACUUGACGUCCUAUAUUUGUGCCUCUCGCAAUGACGUUGACAUGAAAAAUCUCAUGAGUGUUUACAUGGACGCCGUAUUUGCACCACUCGUCGUCGAAGGAGAACGAGGAAUACCCAUCUUUCGACAAGAAGGAUGGAGGGUAGAAAUGAAUGAAACGGGAGAACCCGUUUUCAAUGGAGUCGUUCUCAGUGAAAUGAAGGGAGCCAUGGCCAAUCCAGAGGAAAUAUUGGGAGAAUUCGUCAAACAAAUUAUAUUUCCCGACACCGUGUAUCAGUACAAUUCGGGAGGAGAACCCAAAGUCAUUCCGGAUCUCAGCCAUGCCGAACUCAUCGAAUUCUACAAGACAUUCUACCAUCCUUCCAAUGCACAAGUAUUCCUCUAUGGAAGCAAGACUACCGCAGAGAACUGCUUGACACAGCUGGAUGAGUAUCUUUCGACGUAUGAACCGAGACCCGAUAUCCGGAAUGACAGCACUAUUGAAUUGCAGCCAUUGCAAGAUUUGCCGCCAACGAUGCUACGCAUUCCCAUUGUUGCCGGCGAUAGUAGCAAAGUCGACAAUCAUCAAGUCAUGAAGAGUUGGUUGAUCAGUGCUGACGGGAAUACCACGGACGAUGACUUUCAACGACAAAACAGACUGCUCUUUGAGGUCCUGGAUGAAUUGCUCAUGAAUGAUAAAAAUGGAGCACUCUACUUGGCACUGCAGAAUUCGGGCUUGGCGGGAAGUGUCAAAGGGGGCCUCGACAAUAGUUACUUGCAGUGGACGUUUGAUGUUCUGGCCACCAAUGUCAAUGGAUCCAAUGUCCAAGCAGUGGCAGAUCUGGCACACGAAACUCUGCAGCAAAUUGUUCACCAGGGCUUUGACGACAAGGAUAUGGAAGCUGCCAUGAAUACUGUAGAGUUCUCAUACAGGGAUAUGUCAUCUUCGGGUGGUCCGCGAGGGAUAAUGCUGUUCAUGAAUGUCAUGCAGACGUGGAAAUUUGACUUGGAUCCGCUGACGGGCUUUUUGUCCUUUGAAGAUGACUUUCAGGACCUCAAGCAACGGGUCAAGGAUCAGGGAUCGGAUCUCUUUACCGCAGUCAUCCAGGACAAUCUCAUCAAUAAUGGACACAGCGCAGUCAUGGAGCUAUACCCCGAUCCACUACUCGCCCAACAGAACGAGGAUGAGGAACAAAAGCGUCUCAUCAAGCUCCGACAGUCGCAAAAGUUUCCAACGUUGCUGGAUCAAGCCGACAGUCUGGCGGAACGUCAAGUCACGGAUGACCCUCCCGAAAUGCUGGCAUUGAUCCCAAGUGUUACCGUCCAGGACUUGGCAAAGAAAGGGUACGAACCUCCUAUAUUGAAGCAGCAAGAUAAAGACGGGUCAGGUGUCACUGUGCUUGUCCAUGAAGUUGCAUCUUCCUUUGGAAUUAUAUAUAUCGAUUUCGGGGUCGAUAUUUCCAUGCUUGAGUUCGACGACAUUAUUCUCAUAUCCAUCCUUGCUGAACUCAUGAUAGAGGGAGGUACAGACAAGUACAAUGUAGCUCAGAUUGCCCGUCAGAUUGGGACGUACACGGGAGGGAUCAAGCACGAGUUUCUGUUACACCCAAUUUUGCCGCCCAAUGCAACCACCCAGUUUCUUGUUCCCGAUGGAGAGCAUUUUCAUACGAAACUCUUCUUGCGUGGAGCUGCCACCAAAGAGAGGGGAGCCGACUUGUUGGAAAUCCUUUCUCAAAUCAUGUUUCAUCCCUUGCUUGAUUCCAAAGAGCGGGGCUUGGCCAUUCUGAGAGAACGCAUCGCCAAGCUGGAGCAACGGUUGGCUGGGGGGACUACAUUAUUUCCAGAGUGGCGUAUUCAAGCAAGAUACAGUGCGUUCGGGUUCAUAUCUGAAGAAGAAUCAGGAGUUUCGUCAUUGCCAAAGCUACGCAAAGUGCUGGAAACGGCUGAAUCGGAUUGGGCGAGCUUUCUGAACAGACUUACGAAUAUGAAGAACGCCAUUCUUCGCGGUAACCGAAAGGGCAUGAUCUUGAACCUAACUGGAGAAAAGGCGGUGCUCCAACAGAUUGCUCCCAAAGUAUCCCGGUUCUUGACAAAGCAACUGAACGAUCGCGGUUCCGAGACGCAGCUGCCCAACUUUGCCAAGGCUGUACACCCUUGGGUACCUGAAGCCAAACAAAGAAUGGCAGCCGAUUCUCCAGUUCGAAAUGAAGGUAUUGUCAUGGCAACCAAGGUGAACUAUGUAGGUUCGGGAGCUCCUCUUUAUGGGCCUUACAGCGCAAUUCCCGGCAGCACAGCUGCUGUGACCCAGUUCAUUGAAUACAACAACUUCAUGCUUCAAAUCCGAGAACGACGAGGCGCCUACGGUGCUUUUGCCAUGUUGGAUCCUUGGAUGGGCUUUUUGACGUACAUGACCUUCCGCGAUCCCAAUGUGUACGAAUCGCUGCGAGUUUAUGAAGAAGUACCUACCUAUCUGAAAGAGCAAAUGCAGCAUUCUUCAACUGCCAUUAAACUCAUCAAUAGUGCCAUUAUUGGUACAAUCGGAUCCUUGGAUGGCUCUGCCCCUCAGCCCGACAGAGCUGGCUGGACCUCCAUGAUCGAUUUCUUGAGUGGCUCCAAUGCCAAGAUUCGGCAGAGAUGGCGCGAUGAUAUCCUGGGUACCAACAACAAUGACUUUUUGGAGUAUGCGAUUCGUUUGCACGGUUGGCCUGCGACUGUGGGAGUUGGAGGCCCCAAGAAUGCCCUCUUGAAGGAGAAGGAUUUGAACUUAACGCUGAUUGAUGAGUUGUAAGAUAGUGAUUCCGUGCGUACUGUAGCUAUUACGGUACUCUAAAGGAACACACCAAAACAAACUAGCUAGAGAUGUCAUAUAUAUUUCCAAAUAAUGUACCGUACUAGUAUCCUUGAAUCACUGGUCUUGAAAA